AGAGUGCAUAGGUCACUUUGGGGCAGGCCAAGCGUGAGACUUCGGCAAAAGAAUAUGACAGAUUUAUAAGGAUGUAAUUGCAAAACUUCCCAAUCGAUAAUAUACAUACUUGGCCAAAAGCCGCAAAGCGAAAAACACAGUGAUUGACAAUGGAAGCAGUGGAAGGAGAAACAGAGGAGCUUACUUGGAGCAGAGAAACAGUGCCUAAGGUUCUCAAACUCGUGAGCUCCAGAUUGUCCCAGAAAGACCUUAUUUCUGUUCUGUUGGUUAGCCCAUGGCUGAACCGGACUUUGGUCUCCUGUCCCUCUCUUUGGCUGACUCUUGACUUUCGUGAGAUGAAUAAUGCUGGGAAUAGACUUGCAGUUGCUCUUUCGCUGCCAAGAUAUAGGCACAUAAAGCAGAUAAACCUUGAAUUUGCGCAAGAUAUUGAAGACAAACAUCUUGAACUCGUAAAGGGCAAGUGUUUAGAUUCUCUUCAAAAUUUGGAGUCUCUGAAUCUGAAUGGCUGCCAGAAGAUCUCUGAUAAGGGAAUUGAAGCUAUAACCAGUGCUUGCCCCAAACUGAAGGUCUUUUCUAUUUAUUGGAAUGUGAGGGUGACAGAUGUUGGUUUAACACAUCUGGUGAAGAACUGCAAACACGUUAUUGAUCUGAACUUAAGUGGCUGUAAGAAUAUAUCAGAUAGAGGUUUGCAAUUAGUUGCCGAGCACUAUCCAGAACUAGAGUUCCUGAAUCUAACUAGGUGUGUCAAGUUAACAGACUAUGGCUUGCAGCAAAUAUUGAUGAAAUGCUCUUCCCUCCGGAGUCUAAAUCUAUAUGCCCUUUCCAGCUUCUCCAAUGAAACUUACAAGAAAAUAUCGCUUCUAUCCUAUCUCGAAUUCUUAGAUUUGUGUGGUGCCCAGAAUUUGUUAGAUGAUGGACUUGCCUGUAUAGCUAAAUGCAAAAGACUUGUCUCUCUCAAUUUGACGUGGUGCACGAGUAUCACCGAUGUGGGGGUCAUAGCCACCGCUGAGGGUUGUACGUCUCUCGAAUUUCUUAGCUUAUUUGGAAUAGUUAGAGUGACUGACAAGUGCCUGGAAGCCCUUUCAAGAUCUUGCUCACAUAAAAUCACGACCCUUGAUGUGAAUGGAUGUAUCGGAAUUAAGAGACGGAGCCGCGAUGAAUUGCUUCAGUUGUUCCCAAAUCUCAAGUGCUUUAAAGUGCAUAGCUGACAACUUCAAUAUACUUGGACGUUUAAAAAUGCAACUGUCCAAUUUCCUUGUAUUUAUGUAUUUUAAACGUGUAAGUUUUCAUGUUUGCUGGAUAUCUUAUGUUUAAUAUUUUGCUAUCCUGUUAUUUUAUAUCUGCUUGUUUUUAAUGGCAAACAAAAAGUUGAAUUUACACUAGUAUUCAAAAGAUGGAAAAUAAAACUUUCAAUACGACGGGAGUUCAUACUUCCAUGCUCUCACCUGUGUAUUGGAGGAGCACCAGACCAGAAUUAUUUUCCCAAAAGAGCCCCAAUGAUACCUUUUGAAAAAAUAAAAAAUAAAAAAUUAGCAUUUACACAAUUCCAGGAUAGCCCCCAGUGCCCACAUGAGCUGAGCAUUUGAGAAGUAAAUUGAAAAGACAAAAUACGAAGCUUCCAAGUUGCGGGUACAUAAAAACUGUGUUUUGGACUCAUCACCACAAACAGACCAAAAGCAUUAAACAACAUAUAAGCCCCAUCCAUAUGACGCCAUUCUCUUCCCCGCCAAGUACAAAACAACAUGACCGUGUCAGAUUAACAGUAGCUUUUACACAACCCUAGUUGUUGGUUACCAAACAAAACAGUACCAAAUGAACGGUAACCGCAAGCAUAAUUGUACAUGCCUCAAACCGAGAGUGAAUUGGCUUUCACUUAUUUACUUAAAUAACAUUUUCUUAAUAAAAUGAUUUAUUAUUACCCAUUGAUUUGACAAUACAAAUAUGGAAUUGAAAAUGAAACACGUAAAACUAAAAAUGAAAAAACAACCAGACAGGCAUCAUAUACCCAAUUACAAGUAGUCUUUAACAUUUUUUUAUUCAUAACCAUGAUUAAUUUAUGAUAUUAUUGUUAAUUAAAAAUCUUUUUUUGUCCAUAUUAUAAUUUAUUUUCUCAUUUAAAUUUUAUAUAGGCUAUGUGUUAUUGAAAUUUUAUAUAACUUUUUAUAUCUUAUUAUAUGCUAUUGGGCUAGGAUACACAAUACAUAAUUUCUUCUUUUGAAAAAAAAAAAGGAAAAAAAAAAAAAAAAAAGCAAA